AUGGCACCCUCUGAUGACCUUAAAUCGCAUGCCGCCUCCUCUCAUGACUUCUACGCGCUACUAAGCUUGCCUCCCACCGCCGCGGAAGCGGAGAUUCGCCGCGCAUAUCGGAGGACGGCAUUAAAAUAUCAUCCGGAUAAACUUACGAACCCUACGCCUGCGGACAUCGACAAAUUCCAUCGUCUUCAGAUCGCCUACGAUGUGCUCUCAGAUCCGUCGAUACGACAACUCUACGACAAUGCGCGCGAAGCACGGGAGAGAAAGAAGAGGGAGACUGAGAUGCUGGAAGGGGUUAGGCGUAAGAUGAAGGAGGACUUAGAGGCAAGGGAGCGUGGUGUAAAACGGACAUGGACUGGGGUUCCCAUGCAGGGAAAUCUUGGUGUUGAUGAUAAUGCGGAAGAGAAACUGGAACAAGAGAUUAAGAGACUAGCAGAGGAUGGGAGAAGGAGAAGACGAGAGAAGGAAGAAUUACUGAGGAGGGAGGUAUUAGAGGAAGAGGAAAGGCUGGAGUUAGAAAAGGAAGAGAGGGAACGUGCCGCCCAGUGCGAGAGUAGAGCCCGUCACCCAAAUGUCGGAGGUACAUCGGUUCCUGAGAUUGAUAGAACUGUCAAAGUCCGUUGGCCUCGGGAAGGUGCUGGAUUAGAAUUGGAUAAGGAUCGUCUUGAAUUACUCUUCUCCGUCUUCGGCAAGGUUGACAGUGCGUUUACACUUAAAGACAAAAGACAAAGAGUGGGUGAGAAGAAGGAAAGAAAGACAGUGGCGACUGGAGUUGUUGUCUUUGCCUCUAUUGUUGGCGCCCAUGCUGCAGUGGGAGACUAUAAGCACCAGAAGGGCAAAGAUUGGGAGAUAAUCGAAUCAGUUUAUUGGGCCUCGAAUAAGGAACCUGAUUUCCAUAGACCAUCAGCUUUUCCACACCAACAGGAAGAGCAGACAAGAUCAACCGCGCCUACUUCUAUCUCGGCCACCAAAUCAAGGGAUAAAUUUAAUUUUCCAGGACUCAACACAUCAUCGUCUCCUGCUAAAGAAGAAGAACAUGGACUGAAGAAGACUCCAUCGUUUGCCUCUUUCUCACCCGCUGAAUUCAAGAGACCAAAUGGUUCGUCCUCAACAGGACACUUCGGCCUUAGGCCAAACAGCCCUAGUUUAGAAGAGCUCACUAUGAUUCGGUUAAAGAAUGCUGAGAGAAAAAAGCUGGAAGAGCAGAUUAAGAAAGAGGAUGAGCUGCUGCCGCUGCAGCAGGAUGAAAAAUCGCGUGAAUUUGGCGUGCUGUCUGGAUCAAAGACAUAA